AGGACCCACUUUCCCAAGUGUGUAUAAGGAUUUAUAAGUGCUUGUGAAAGAGAGGGACACAAAAAAAAAAAAAAAUCUCCCUCAAAUCAUCUUCUCUGUUUCUUCUCCUCUUCAGGCGUGGCUUUUGGCUUUCAUUACUCUUUCUUUUUCUCUUUUUCAGUCUGGCUCUCUCUGGAAGCAUCAAUGAAAAUGUCAGCUUUAUUUUUUUCAUAAGGAUUUUUUUUCUGCAAGAGAAGUGAGAUAGACUUUUGACACUCUUUGAAGCAGACAAGAAAGAGCAAACAGUAUCAUUCAAAUCUCACUGUUCGAUUCUCUGUUUCUCCUCAUUCGUCAAUCUCUCUCUUUUUGUUUUGUUUUUGUUCAUUCUAUAAAGCCAUGGAGGUGUGGGAAAAACUGCCGAGAGAUGAUCGGUAUCGAAACAGGAGAGAAAACCCAUCUUUCUCUUCGACUCUUCUUGAUGCUAUCUACCGUUCUAUUGAUGAAUCCAACGGUAGUAAAGGAGAGGAAGAGCUGAUUUUCUACAGAGAGACUGCCACGAGGAAGAAGCACAGCAAUAACGGUUCAUUGAAAGAAGAAGAAAUAACGAGCCUUCAACGUGCUUGCACGAUCGAGAAAUGGAUGGAAAAGAAAAUUAACUGUGAUAAUAAAGUUGUCAUUGGACGAAAAUCCAUGGCGGAUUCUGAAAGAAACUCUCGAAAUGAUUUUGAUCCCAUGUUGUUGAACUCGAGCUCUAGCUCUUCUGAUUCUAGCUGCGGUGGUGGGUUUUCAUCCUCAGAGUCAGAUUCUUUUUAUGGUGCAAAAUCAAGGUCAUCAUCAAGUCAUUACACUACUCAUAGGCCUAAGCCUAUUCGGACGAGCGUCUCAGCUCGGCCUCAAGUUGAAAACAGUUUCCAUGCUGCUACACAAAAGCCAAAGAAUGAAGGUGGUUUGGUGAGAACAAAAUCGAAGGCCUUGAAGAUUUACAGUGACCUCAAGAAGGUUAAGCAGCCGAUAUCUCCAGGUGGUCGGCUUGCAAGCUUCCUCAACUCGCUUUUCACUGCAGGGAAUGCAAAGAAGGCAAAGAUUUCAUCGUCAGGGUACGAAGAAGGGAAGUUAAAAUCCGAGCACGCAACAUCAACAUGUUCUUCAGCUUCCUCGUUUUCAAGAUCCUGUUUGAGCAAGGCUCCAUCGUCAAGAGGGAAUGGGACAAAAAGGUCAGUCAGGUUUUGUCCUGUUAGCGUUAUUCUUGAUGAGGAUUCCAGGCCAUGUGGGCAUAAAAACAUCCUCUAUGAAAAUGAUCAAACGUCCAUAAGAAAAACAAGCAACAAAGAGCUUGAGUUCCACAUCAUGGAAGAAAAUCGUCGGGUUGUAGAAGCUGCAAAGGAUCUUUUAAAGAGUUACCAAAAGAAGAAGGAAGAGUACGAUAUGAGAGAUAUCCGCAAUGGCAAUGGAGAGUCUAGCGAUGAUGAAGGCGACGAUGACGACGACGAAGAUGCAGCUAGUUAUGCAAGCUCCGACCUCUUCGAAUUGGAUAAUCUUUCAGCUAUCGGUAUUGAAAGGUAUCGAGAAGAACUGCCUGUGUACGAAACAACCCAUCUCCAUACCAAUCAAGCCAUUGCUAAUGGUUUGAUUGUGUAAUUCCCAAAAGCAAAAAAAAAAAAAAAAGUACUAAUCAAUUAGUUCUAUUAGUUCAAUGGUUUGGAGGUUUACAUCCUAGAAUAAUAUUAAUUUCUC